AUGGAGAGAGAGAAGUUUCAGCAGAAGGCUCCGAAGCAAACUAAGCAGAAGAAAUCCAAGUCGGCUGAAUUUCUGAUGGUUAAAGAAGAUAGAGAAGCUGCAGAAGGCAUUGGAAAUCCAGCUUUUAACAUGAGCAGUCCAGAUCUCUCAGCACAUCAGACUGCAGAAAAGAAAGUUAUUAGACAUGACGUGCUGGAUCGCACCCUUGCAGCUCCCCAACAAAAAUUCAGGCUGCUAGCCUCUGCAGAACCGAAAGGAAAUGAAUACGGCAGAAAUUACUUUGACCCACUGAUGGAUGAGGAAAUAAACCCAAGGCAGUGUGGGAUGGAGGUCAGCAGAGAAGGUGAUGAUGGAAUUCUCUAUAAUCAAUUAAUGAAGCUGUUUGAUGAGAGUGGACAAAGAGAACCCCAAGAUGAAGGCGUCCAGGAGGAGGCAUUGGAUUGUGAAGCGCCUACACAUCAUGAAAUCCACGAAGAUGCAGGCCAAGCCACCCCUGCUUACCUCGAGGAGUUUGAAAGACGUGCUCAGAAAGACGUAAUUCUGCUUGAAAGUUCUCCACUAGAACAGGAAAUUAGAUCCACUUGA